UAGACUUCCUACCAUCUACCAAGCCAUGGAAAGUUCAAAAUGUGUUUCCUUUAUUCUUGUUCUUCUUCUUUUUCUUCUUCCAUCUUCAUAUCCAAUAAGUUUUCAAAUACCCAACUUUACCCCUAGUCCCAAUUACAUUCUCUACCAAGGAGAUGCAGAAUCUUCCUCUGGAAUAGUGGAGUUAACCAGCAAGACCUACGAUGGAAUUGAGUUCUUCCUUGCUCCUGUUGGAUUUCAAAUCCCACCCAACUCUGCUGGUGGCUACCUUGGCCUAUUCAACACCACAACAAGAGAUUCCUCUUCAAAUAGGAUCAUCUCAGUGGAAUUUGACACUUACCAGAACCCUGAAUGGGAUCCUAUGGAGGUCCAAACUCAUGUGGGUAUCAAUAUCAAUUCUAUACGCUCUGUUGUUUACACUCCCUGGAAUGCAAGUUUACACAUUAGGGAUACUGCUGAUGUAUUGAUUACUUAUAAUUCUACAACCAAGAAUUUAAGUGUCUCAUGGAGCUAUCAAAACACCAAAAAUCCUCAAGAGAAUUCAACCCUUUAUUACCUAGUUGAUUUAAGGAAUGUUUCAAACAAUUGGGUGACUAUAGGCUUUUCAGCUUCUACAGGAGGUGUAGCUGGACAACACACACUCAAAUCUUGGAAAUUCAAUUCAAGUUUGGAUGCUAAGGAAACCAAUGAGAAUUCAUCAAGAAAGAUCAAAAUAGUUGUUGCUAUUGCAGUACUGAUGAUUGUUCUUCUCAUUGGAACACUUUUAGCAUAUGUGAUUAUAAGGCAAAGAAAGAAGCUCAUUGGUUGGUGUCAUGAAAGGAGUGAGUUCUUGCUUGUUUAUGAGUUCAUGUCAAAUGGUAGUCUUGAUUCUCAUCUCUUUGGCAAAAAAAGUCCUUUUCCUUGGCAUAUCAGGUAUAGAAUAACACUUGGAUUGGCCUCAGCAAUUCUAUAUCUUCACGAAGAGUGGGAGCAGUGUGUGGUGCAUAGGGAUAUUAAGUCAAGUAAUGUAAUGUUGGAUUCCAGUUUUAAUGUUAAGCUUGGUGACUUUGGGUUGGCUAAGUUGACGGACCAUGAAUUAGGUCGAAUUACAACAGGGUUGGCAGAGAUUACUACCGGAAGAAAGUCUAUAGAUCUAAUGGGGGAAGAGUUUGAUUUGGGGUUGGAGUGGGUUUGGGAUCUUUACGGGAAAGGAAGACUUCAUUCUGGUGUUGAUGAGAGAGUGAGGAAGGAUUUUGAUGAGAAACAAGCAUAAUGUUUGAUGAUUGUUGGAAUGUGGUGCUCUCACCCUGAUAGCAGCUUAAGGCCAUCAAUUAGGCUAGCAAUUCAGGUUGUAAAGUUUGAGACAACAAUGCCAAAUCUUCCUGCAAAAAUGCCUGUACCUAUGUAUCGUGUACUAACACCAUUAGUUAACUCUAGAGAACCUUCUAUUUCUUAUUCUAGCAUAGAGGCAGGUCAUUAAGACAUGAUUUAGUUAACUUUUCAUCAAAUAAAAUAUCUGGUUAUCU